UCCGUCUCCAAAGCUCCCUGUUUUUCUUUGCUGUCACUCCUCUUUCCUUUUCCUUUCUUCAAUCCCAUUUUCGUCCUUCCCAAACACACCCAUCUUUUUUACUUUUUAUUUAUUUAUUUUUAAAUUUUCUAUUUUCUCCAAGAAUUUGUAAACCAUUUUGUCUUCUCCUUGUUAGAUACUUAUAGCUACUUAGAAAACCAAUAUUUUCUUUGUCUCUUUUUGUUUAAUUUUAAGCUUAAGCCAAACCCAAUUUCCCUCUACUUCCAAGCAAACCCUUAUUCCAUUGCCUUUUUAGUUUCACAUCUUUCUUUCUUCUCUUUUUCUCUCUUUUUAUUCUUUUUUUUUUUUUAUUACCUGUAAACAAACCAUAGGUUACUCUUUACUGUUCAUUUCUAGCUAGCUAGAUGAUUGAGCUAUUUCCACUUUUGAUUCAAAUUUGAGCUUAAAGAAGCAAUAUAAAGUUACACGGCUUCUUCUCUUUAACCAUGGUUCUUGAAUUUAGGGUUGCAAUUUAACGGUUCUUGGAUUAAACAAGAAACAAAGUAAGUGAAAAAGAAUGCCACCGGAGACCGAAGAGGGUGUUCAGUACUCCUUCGCUUUGGAAUAUAAUGGCCCGCCGUUACCUUAUGAUAUCCCACGCGCUGUUCCUAUUAACGUCAACAAAAUCCCGGUAGCCGCCGUCGUUUCUCAGCUUUCUCUCCCUGAUAAACUCUCUUUGCCGGUCGUUAAACCGCUGUUACCUGCCGAUCCAGGAAAAAACGUUUCUAAAGAGUUAAAAUCUACCGUCUCUCAAAAUGAACCGGCAUCCGAUGUAGCGCCGGCGACAGUUUCUCCGACUUCCGUUAUCGAGAGAGCUACAGAGAGUAAUCAAGAUUGUGGAUUAUCCGGCGAGCUUAGUAGCUCAGGUGCGUUAGAGUUUUCUACUGGGCGUUAUGGGUCGUCUUCUAUUAGCAACGAGCUAUCAACUGAGUUGAUAAAUGGGGCUAGAAGCUCCAGUACUACGGAGUUCUCUGAUAGUUUUGAUAAUAAAUCGCGGGAAAGUUCAUCUAGAUUGAGGGUUUCGCAUGAAUUAAAUCAGGACUGGGGGUCAAAUGAAUCGGUUUUGAGCGUUGAUUACCCGUCUUCGCGGGUUUCUAGUCUUAAAGCAUCUGGGGAGUGUCAUAACGAGAUCAACGGGGAUGUUAGGCGCGCUCAAGUUGUUACCUUUCGGGAUGUUGAAUCAGAUAGUGGUGUUGGAGUUGGCGCUGUUGAUGAUAAUGAAGAGUUUAGUGAGGAGGAGCAGAGGUUUGUGCGGGUUAAAAGAGAACCACAGAGUAAAGGAAAAAAAGGGACUUGUUAUAGGUGUUUUAGGGGGAACAGGUUUACUGAGAAGGAAGUGUGCAUUGUUUGUGAUGCAAAGUAUUGUGGUAAUUGUGUGCUUAGAGCUAUGGGUUCAAUGCCUGAAGGAAGGAAAUGUGUUACUUGUAUUGGGUAUCCCAUUGAUGAAACGAAAAGAGGGACUUUAGGGAAGUGUUCGAGAAUGCUUAAGCGAUUGCUGAAUGAUUUGGAGGUUAGGCAGAUAAUGAAGGCUGAGAAGUUGUGUGAGGCCAAUCAGUUGCCUCCAGAAUAUAUUUGUGUGAAUGGAGUACCUCUUUGCCAUGAGGAGUUGGUUGUUUUGCAAACUUGUCCAAACCCGCCAAAAAAACUGAAACCUGGAAACUAUUGGUAUGAUAAAGUUUCUGGUCUUUGGGGAAAGGAAGGACAGAAACCUUCCCAGAUCGUAAGUCCUCAUUUGAAUGUUGGCGGUCCUAUUAAGCCGAAUGCUAGCAAUGGAAACACACAAGUAUACAUCAAUGGACGGGAGAUCACAAAAGUAGAGCUUAGAAUGUUGCAGCUUGCAGGAGUUCAGUGUGCUGGAAACCCUCAUUUUUGGGUGAAUGAGGAUGGGUCAUACCAAGAAGAGGGGCAGAAGAACACCAAAGGUUACAUUUGGGGCAAGGCAGGAAUGAAACUAGUUUGCACUUUCUUAUCACUUCCAGUUCCUUCUAAAUCUUCCAGUUCUUCUGGAGAACAAGUUAACAGUGUAUUAAGCAGAAGUGUUCCAGAUUACCUUGAGCAGAGAACGCUUCUCAAGAUUCUUCUAGUUGGAUAUAGUGGAUCUGGGACCAGUACUAUUUUUAAGCAGGCCAAGAUUCUUUAUAAACCUGUUCCUUUCACUGAGGAUGAGCGCGAAAAUAUUAAAAUGACAAUUCAGAGCAAUGUGUAUGGGUAUCUUGGUAUACUCCUUGAGGGGCGUGACCGUUUUGAAGAAGAAAGUUUGGCAGAAAUAAAGAAAGAGCAUUCUGCUGAUAAAGCUGACCCCAAUGGGGCUACCGAUUGCAAAACUAUCUACUCAAUUGGUCCUAGGCUUAAAGCGUUUUCGGAUUGGCUUCUGAAGAUUAUGGUGUCAGGAAACUUGGAAGUGAUUUUUCCAGCUGCGACUCGAGAAUAUGCACCAUUGGUUGAAGAGUUGUGGAAGGAUCCAGCCAUUCAGGCUACAUAUAAGCGGAAAAAUGAAUUGGAAAUGCUACCUAGUGUUGCUACUUAUUUCUUAGAAAGGGCUAUUGAUAUAUUGAGAACGGAUUAUGAGCCCUCAGAUUUGGAUAUCCUAUAUGCUGAGGGAGUUACUUCAUCAAAUGGGCUUGCUUGUUUGGAUUUCUCAUUUCCCCAGUCAGCAUCUGAUGAUAAAUUUGAUGGUGAUGAUCAGCAUGACUCUCUGCUCAGGUACCAACUGAUUAGUUUACAUGCACGGGGACUUGGAGAGAACUGCAAGUGGCUUGAGAUGUUUGAAGAUGUUGGGAUGGUCAUUUUCUGUGUUGCAUUGAGUGACUAUGACCAGUAUACAAUUGACGGCAAUGGGUGUUCUACUAACAAGAUGUUGCUGAGCAGGAGAUUCUUUGAGACAAUUGUUACUCAUCCCACAUUUGAUCAGAUGGAUUUUCUUUUGAUACUAAACAAGUAUGAUCUGUUUGAGGAAAAGGUAGAACGGGUACCAUUGACUCAGUGUGACUGGUUUGAUGAUUUCCAUCCUGUGAUCAGCCGUCAUAGAUCCAACAGCAACAGCAAUAGCAUCAAUAGUAACCCUUCACUUGGUCAGCUGGGUUUCCACUACAUUGCUGUCAAGUUCAAGAGGCUUUACGCAGCACUCACAGGAAAGAAGUUGUAUGUUUCUAUGGUUAAGGGGCUGGAACCUCGUAGUGUUGAUGCAGCUCUUAAGUAUGCAAGGGAGAUUUUGAAGUGGGAUGAAGAAAGACCUAACUUCAGUCUGAGCGAGUAUUCAUUUUAUAGCACUGAGGCAAGUUCUUUUUCCCCUUAAUUGGUAAAUCAAGAAGAAAGGCUUGUAAAUGGGUCCUAUCUCCAACAUUUUUCAUUGCCAAUGUACAUAUAAUGGCAUGUAAAUGAACAAGUGAAGAUGCUUCUUUUUCACAAGGCAUUGCAGCUGUAGAAUUCUCUUAAAUCAUCCAGGAGCUACCUCUAUCACGCUGCUAUAGUUUGUUUCCUAGAUUGGCGCCACAUAGUUAGGAUUAAACAUUAUACAGUGAGGUAACCAAUUGAUAUGGUGUUUUCUGUGUUAUUUUACUUCUUUUGUACGAUGCGUGUAGUUAUUCUAUCUUUGAAAUGGGAUUCAAAUAUUCAUUUUGUAAGAUAAGAUUAUAUUACAUUUGAUCCAGGUGGGGUGCAGCUUAUUUUGAUCA